AUGACCAAUCUCACAGCAGUAUCUGUCUUCCUCCUUUGGGGCUUCUCGGCUGUGCCCAAGUUACAGCUGCUUGACUCGGCCACCUUCCUUCUCGUUUAUCUGGCUGCGAUUUUGGGAAACAUUGCUAUCCUGGCUGCCUUGACACACGACACCUGCCUGCACACACCCAUGUACUUCUUCCUCAAACAUCUGUCCUUGGUGGAUGUCUGCUCCAUGUCCACCACCCUGCCCCAGGCCCCAGUGGUGACCGUGCUGGGCUCCGAGAUUUCCCUCCAUGCAUGUGCAUUCCAGCUCUUUGCUUUUGUCUGCUUUGGGUCCACAGAGUGUUUUCUCAUCACUUGCAUGGCUUUCGAUCGUUGUCUGGCCAUCUACAGGGCCCUGGUGUACAGGGAAGCCAUGAGCCUGGGGACCUGCAUUUCUCUGGUGUCAGUGGCCUGGGGCAGUGGGCUCGUUUUCUCUGCCUUCCACACAGCCAACACCUUCUCCCUGCCCUUCUGUGGCCCCAAUGUGAUUGACCACUUCUUCUGCGACAUUCCUCUGCUAAACACAGAUGCCCACAAGGCUGCAGGAUUUGCAGUCAGCGGCUGCAUCAUCAUGAGCUACUUUGGCCUCACUGUCUUGUCCUAUGUCCGCAUCUUGGCCACAGUGUUUCAGAUUCACUCCACAGUCAGCCACUGGAAGGCCUUCUCCACGUGCUCUUCCCACCUGGCCACCGUUCUCCUGUUUUAUGGCACUGGCAGCUCUGCCUAUAUGCAGCCUGCCACCAGGUACUCCCCAAUGUAAGGGCGCAUGGCUGCUAUCUUCUACUCCAUCCUCACGCCCACCCUGAAUCCACUUAUCUACAGCCUGAGGAACAAGGACAUGAAGGGAGCCCUGCAGAAGUUUAUCCUUAGGUACACUUUAGGAUUUGGCAUCUGGACAUGA